AUGUCAGAUAUAAAGGCUGCAAAAGAUACUUUAGUAUCUUCAUUAUAUGAAUUAUCCAAAGCUGCCGAAAAAGCUGCUGCUGCUACUUCUAACUAUUAUAACGCUUCUAAUGUUGAUGCUGUUGUUCCUGUUAGUCAAUUAGAUAGUUUAUCAAAUACUUUAAAAAGAUUAAUUCCUUCUAUUGAUAAUGGUGAAGUUGUUGGUAAUGUUACUGUUAAAGCUGAAAAGAAGAAGAAACCUGAAAGAGAUCCAAAUGCUCCAAAAAAACCUUUAACUAUGUAUUUUGCUUAUUCUUUCCAUAUUAGAGAUGCUAUUAAGAAAGAAAGAGAAAGAAAAGGUUUACCUGCUUUAUCUGCCAUUGAAAUGAAUGAAUAUGUUAAAGAUAGAUGGAGUAAAUUAGAACAAGGUGAAAAAGAUAUCUGGCAAAGUAAAUAUAGAAAAGAAUUAGAAGUCUAUAAUAAAGAAAAGGAAAAAUAUAAAGCUAAAUUAGCUGGUAAACCAAUUCCUGAUUUAUUACAAGAUGUUAUUCCACCAGAAAUUCAACCAAAUUUAGAUUAUGAUAUCAGUGAUUUACCACCUCAACCAAAAUUAUCUACUUUAGAUGAUUCUGAUGAUAGUUCCGAUGAAGAAUUACUGAAAAAGGAAAAGAAAGAAAAGAAGAGAAAGAAUAGAGAAGAAAAGGAAAAGAAAAAGAAGAAAAAGUUACAUCAAGAAGCUUAA